AGAUCGGCCAGCGAUCGCGAUCGCUGGGGAUUGCUGGAUGGUCGGUGCUUUCGCGUGGGACAGUCGCGAAUAACUUAUCCAUGCAUGAAGUCCGUCCCGCAAUCGCGUAAACACGAAACGAAACCGUGUUGCCACCGGUUAUCAAAGAGGGUUGUGUGAGCCUUUAUUUUUUGUCAUUUGCGGCUAUUUUGGGCAUAACGGAAGAGCUAAAAAUAUCGCAAAUUAUUACUGCAAGCUCGGUGCCGCUUGUGCGUCAUAGAAUCGGGUGAACAAAAAGAUAUUCCGGUUCGAAUCGUUUCUGCUCCCACCAUGGUCCAGACGAGCAACAUCGAUUGCCGAAAGCAGCCACAUAGUGGCGACGACUGCAACCAGCACCGGUUCUCCAAAUUGUCUCAAACCGUUAAGGCGCUACGGGCUGAGCUGCAAACCCAGCGCAGCAACCGCAAACCAAACGGAUGCUGUGCGCACCAUCGCAAGGAGCGAAGGAAAAAGAAUCGCACGCGCUCGAAGGUGGUACUGACGGGUGAGAAGUUCGAAGAUCCGGAUCCGUAUCAGCUGGCCGUGCGUAAAACCAACUAUGGCAAACGAAAGGAGAAGUUAAAGUUUGUCGGCGAACAGUUCCAGGAUCCGGACCCGCACGGAUUAGCCAUUCGCAAAACGAGCAGCACGAGCAGCUGCCCUAGUGAGCGCGAAGUUUCAUACCAGUAUCGCACCCAGCUCGUCGAAACCCAUCCUGCCACCGUGUACGCGCCAUUCGAUUACAUAAACCGCGAAAAGUGUAUCGCCGAAAUGCCCGAAGAGGAAACGAAAUCUGACCAUGUGAAUGUGAUUAAGCAAUCGGAACCGGCACAGGCGGACGAGGGCCGCAGGUCUCUCCUGGCGCAGGCCUGUGCUGUGGGUGUGAAAAAUGUGCUACUGCUCGGGUAUGGCAUGACACUGGGCUUUCCGACCAUUGUGAUCCCAGCCAUUCAGGGUGGUGAUGGCCGUGAGCCUGCCCUCGAGCGAGACGUGACACUGAGUCGAGAGCAAAUUUCCUGGCUGAGUUCCAUCAAUCUGAUCUGCGUUCCGUUAGGCAGCAUUUUCUCCGGCAUGCUUGCCCAACCGAUCGGCAGACGACGAGCAAUGCAGCUUAUCAACAUUCCCAUUUUCAUCGCCUGGAUGUUGUUCCACUACGCCAGUGAUGUAACGUUCCUCUACUUGGGACUGGCACUGGCCGGGCUCAGUGGUGGACUCGGCGAAGCGCCAGUGUUAACGUACGUUGCCGAAAUUACGCAGCCUCGUUAUCGAGGCAUGCUUGCCGCUACGGGUUCGACAUGUGUCAUCUUGGGGGUUUUGCUCGAGUUUCUUAUGGGCAGCUUCAUGAAAUGGCGGGCAGUCGCACUGGUUAGUUCCGCCGUGCCUGUACUGGCCGCGCUAUUACUCUUUUUCAUACCGGAAAGUCCCGUUUGGCUGGCAAGCAAAGGGCGUCUCGAGCAAUCCAGGGCGGCACUUGCCUGGCUGCGCGGUUGGACUUCGAAGGAGCAGGUGGAAGUGGAGUUUAUGGAGAUCGAGCGUCAAAUGACAAAAGAUGCGGAACUGCAGAAAGGUUUCACUAUCGUGGACAAGGCGCGGCUCUACACCCAGCGUGCCUUCCUGCAACCCUUCGGUAUCAUCCUGCUGUGCUUCUUUAUCGGUCACUUUUCCGGUAUGACGACACUACAAACUUACGCCGUCCAGAUCUUUCACACGUUGAAAGCCCCUAUCAACAAAUACUACGCGACUUGUCUGCUCGGUCUGACCGAGCUAAUCGGGACACUUUUUUGCGUAUUUCUGGUGCAUCGUACUGGCAAGCGACCGCUGGUGUUUACCUCCACUAUCGGAUGUGCUGUUUGCUUUUUCGGAGCCGCCAGCUAUGCUUACUUCGUGAACGACAUCCCGGGGGCAGCUGUUCAGAACGUGGUAGCAAAUGUGUCCUCCAUCAAGGCGGACAUCACGGUCAUUCCUUUGCAAGCGAAGGAAGUUAUCGCUGAAUGGCACCGGAACAGCUCCGAGCUGCAGUCGCUCAAUUUCACGCACAUUGAGAUGCAGCUCGGCAACGGAAGCAUGCUGGACCGGUUCGAGAGCCGUAACAGCUCGCUGGAAGGCAUAGUGUACGCCGCACAAAGCUUCACUAAUUACUAUCUCAACGAUAGUCUCAACGAACCGAUCAAUAUCACGAUCAGCUACGGCGAGUACGUUAAAUCCGCAAUUCCGAGAGAGGUGUUCGUUCCGCUGCCGCACGUGAACAAGAACAAGUUCGUCUGGGUGCCGCUGACCCUGCUGCUUGGCAGCGCCUUUUUAACGCAUAUCGGCAUUCGAUUGGUACCGUGGAUACUGAUCGGUGAGCUCUUUGCGCCAAAUGUGCGCAGCGGAGGGUCGGGUUUAGCUGGAGGAAUCGCAUACAUCUUUGGUUUCAUCGCCAACAAAACCUUCUUAAAAAUGUUAGCAGUCUUCACUCUGCCGGGAACGUUCUGCAUCUACUCACUGGUAACGAUCAUCGGAGCCAUGAUACUUUAUAAAGUGCUUCCCGAGACGGAAGGUAAGUCGCUUCAGGAAAUCGAAACGUACUUUCUCUCUCGGAAUGAACGGUCCGCACGGAUCGAUCAAGAAGAACCGGCCCCACCCCGACCGGGUCCCAAGAUUUCCACCGGCAGCAUGCAAACUGUCCCGCCACCGAUUCCACCCAAACCCUAUCCUCUGAAGGACGAUAUUGAUCGUGCUCGGAGAAUUUCGCUGGUGCCUCGACAAAUGUCGCAGACCUCGCGAAAUACGACAGUGUCCGACUUUUCCAGAGCAUCGUUUAACUCCCAGCACUCCAACCACCACUCGGAACUGAGUCGCAAUUCUUCCUGGACCUCUUACACGCUGGAAGACAUGCAUGAUCCGCCCCAGCCGCAGGUGUUUCGUAAAAUAUCUGAAACGCUUCACGAACCAACCUUCGCCCCGUCACUCCAAACGACGUUACAGUACCCUGUAGCUACGGCAGCUAAAGUACCGAAACCACCGCUGUCCAGAAAUCAGUCCGCAAAUGCUAUCCGCGUUGAUGAUCCUGGUGCUCUUCCGACUCGCAAGAUAUCCGGCGGGAAACAAACCGUACUCACUGCUCCCAGCGAGUUAAAGCUUCCGGUACACAAAACCCAACCCAUGAAUCGGCCAGUACGUGCCCUGGCAAAAAGACCACCGCCGUCUCACCAAUUCGAUUUCCAAAGUUGUGAGAGCAAUAGGAAAUUUGAAGAAUUUCUAUACCGUUAUCAGAAUAAAAGCGAAAGCGCCCAGAUGCCGGUCAAGCGCCCGAUGCGUCACGUAACCAGCGCACACGAUCUGAAAGCAUUCGAGCAAGACCAUCUUCCCGGUGCUGGGAUGACGCCUGCCAAUAAUGGCGGAAUGUUAACGGAUCGAAAGCUGUUCAACAGCGCCACCAAACUGACCUCGUGCGCAUACGCGACAGACGAUGGGGAGUCCGAGAGAAAUGGACGGGUGAGUGGGCUGGACAAUGCCGUGUUUCUUUUAAGCUCCAGUGACGAAUCAACCGACAUGUAGAUAUCAAUAAAGUAGUACGCUUGUGCAUAGUUUGUUUGGUUUGUUUGGACCGAUAAUGAAA